UGUACCAAAGAUGUGCUACGUAGAGUAGUAUUUAGGAAGUAGAUAUUGUGCAUAAACAGCUCUGCGUGGGUGUCUUGCUACACUAGUCGACGCGCCUGUUGGUUUCCGGCAACUCUGCGGGCGUUCGCAGCUCUUGAAGCAAACUGGCGGGACUGUCGCCUUUACGUGGCUUGGGUCCCAUUAACACUGCGACUGGGGCCCCCGUCACGGCCGGAGGGAGAACCUUGGCGUCGAUUAUGGAGACGAGCCUUGCCUCUGGGAAGCGCCUGGCGUCUGUCCGCCAUUCGCAUGAGUGCCCGGAGGCUUCCGUGAGCGGCUCCAACAAGCGCUCUCGUCAACACGUUGGUCACCCUUAUGUGUGGCAAAGCCGGGCACCCGCGCAGUUGAGUUCUGCGCUCCGGCGAGUACAGUCGGCACCUGUCGCUGCCGAUAACCUCGAGCAGGAGACAUGGAAUGACCUCGAGCACUGGAGGGGCCGGGAGGCUGGAGCUCGCAGACCCACCCCACAGCAUGUAGUGGGGCAGCAGGGCGAUGAGAUCAGCGCCUCCAUGCGCGCCACGCUGGUGGACUGGCUGAGCGAGGUGCGCGACGAGUUCCGGCUGCACGCCGAGACGCUGUUCCUGGCGGCCUCCUACCUGGACGCCUACCUGGCCGCCAAGCCCGUCAGCCGCGGCCGCUUCCAGCUGCUGGGCAUGGCGUGUCUAUGGGUGGCGGCCAAGUUCGAGGAGGUGUACCCACCCCCCCUGGUCGCCAUGCUGGCCAUGGCCGAGAACAUGUACACGGCGGCGGAGCUCACGGCCAUGGAGAAGGAGGUGCUGUUCACGCUGGACUUUGGUCUGGCUGUGCCCACGCCCCUGCGCUUCCUGCACUACAUGCUGCAGCUGGCGCACCUGCCCGCGCACCCCGGCGAGGCGCUCAGCUGCCGCCGCCUGGCGGAGGCGCUGCUGGAGCUCAGCCUGCUGGACCUGGCGCUGCUGGGCGCACCCGCCAGCGCGGUGGCGGGCGCCGCGGUGUACCUGGCGCUGGGCAUGCGGCGGCACCACGAGGGGCUGCAGGGCGUGGUGCUGCUCAGCGGCGCGGACCCGGCAGACCUGGGAGACCUGGUGCAGCGCCUGUCCCGUAACCUCCACGAGGCCGCCUCCUCGCCCCAGCCCUGCGCGCUGCUGUGCCGCUACAAGGCCUGGGAGGGGCUGCACGGCCGCACCGCUCUGGCCAUUGCCGCCGCUACCGCCGCCCAGCAGAACGCCGCCAUGGCGCCCGCAGCCCCUCCCAUGGCGGCCGCCGCCAUGGACACCGACCUGACCGCCGCUGCAGCCGCACCCGCGCCUGCUGCCGGCGUGAUGGAUCACGAGGUGGAGUUUGAGGCCGAGCCGCAUGCGCCCUCGCCGCCACCCGUGCUGCGCCAGCAGCAGCUGUCGCGGCCGUCGUCCUCGUCCGCAGCCCACCACCUGCCGGCCCACUACGCCGCGCAGCAGCCCGCCUCGGCUCACGGUCACGCGGCGCACACCGGCGCCGCGGCCUACCACAUGCCCGCGGCGGCGGCGCUGGCGGCGGCUGGCGGCCUGGUGGCUGCCUCGGCCGGCGCCGCGGCGCUGAUGAGCGGCGCCCACGGCCACCCCCACCCCAUCCACCACCACCACGUCAUGUCGCUGGCGGUGCACCAUGUGCCCACCACCGCGACCAUCGCCACCUCGGUCGGCGCAGCAGCUGCUCUGGGCGGCCUGCGCCUGUCCUCCGCCGCCUGCUGCUAGGGCGGCCGGCCCCCACCGGCCCUCGGCCUGCGGGGCUGCCAGCAGCAGCGCGGGCCACCAUGUCUCCCGCGUGGCUCCGGGGCCGGGGCAUGCAGUAUGCAUGUGAGGCGCAGCGAGGACACAAGGUGAUGACACGUGCGACAAGAUGCGGCAACACGCAGCGCGGCCAAGACCACAAGGGGUGUCAGAGAGUCCAACGACUACACCCCCGCCGCCAUGCGCAUGUCUGCACACAGCGUCAGCGCUUGAAAGACGCAAGGUUGCUACAGAUGGCACAGAUUUGCCAGUUGGGUACAUGGUGCUGUGUGCGCAAUUUCCGGGGUUGGGGAAUAUUCUUUUCGUGGGGCCACACAAAUUGAAGGUGGUGUACAGAGGUCGGGCGGUGAGCACGCGGUUGUGUUUGGCUACAUUGCCAUAUCGCACCGCUACUCCAGGCAGAGAUAAAGAAGGGAUCUUGGCUCCCGCACAAAGCGUGUGAAGGCCUGGAUGCUGCCGCACUGUGCUGUGAGGCGAAGAGCGCUUGCGGGGUCGCACUGCUCUUCUUCGCGCGCAGCUCUUAUCUUGCGUUUGUUUCUUUUACCUUCAUGGUGCGCGCGCUGCAUGUGCGCCUCGGGAGGCGAGUCGGGUCGCGUCCAGCCAGCAUGGGUCGUAAUGACGUGUGCGCCGGCGCAGAGGGCGGCACGCACCCGCGGUCCUGGCGCACGCCGCUUGCCCCCACUAGGCAUGUCGGAAUCAUGGGCCAACCCAAUCACCUCCACUUCAUCGGUUUGCUGGUCAGCCUCUGCACUCGGUGUGCUGACGUGAUGUAUCCGGGGUUUGUGUUUGGACCGGCAACAUGUGCGGACCUUUGCACAGGCAACGGGUGGCGUUGGCAGCGGGCUGCUUGCGCUGGCCUACGGCGGCACCCCGCCGGGUGUUCAUUUAACUUCAUCCGUGUGGUUGUUCGGUAUGUGUCUGGUAGUGGUGAGCAGCUCUAGGUGACCGAUACUGAGAAAGGUCCCAGGGGUGCUACAGAGCAGAUCUCAAUCUGAACGGUGGGAGCUUCAUAGCGCUCGCCUCGGAAGCGGUAUGUGGGUAUGUUAUUGAAGGCCAGGGCAGCCACUGGGCUGAUGGAAUAGGGGCGCAUAGUGGCGCCCGAGCAGCCCAGUUGUUAGCCGCCGGUGCCUACCCGGUGCCUCUAUGCUCACACGGCCUGCAGCGCUUCACAAAACAGGACACGGCGCUGCGGCCUGUGAUGCGACUUUGGUGCUCUUCAUGUCAUGUGUGUGAUGAUGGUGCUGGUGUGGUGUGAUAUGGUGGUAGGAAGUCCAUGGGUAGGGUGGCAGGCUCUGAACGUGCGAACUCGUGCGUGAUUGCCUUUGUUUAUGUUGGGUGGGACCGACUGCAUUGAUUAUGUGUGCUCUCUUCCAACCGAGGCAACUCAGGUCGUGCUGCUGCAACUGGGAAGAGGGCGUGCCUCGUAUCUAUGUGUUUGGUCGUGAGGGGAAGGGUGUCACGAGCUGUAGGGCGCGCGGCCUGUUGCCGCCGCCGCUUGGGGUGCCCCCCGCGUGGGCUCAGGGUGUAGCUACGGGUGGUUUGCUACGAAGCCUUUACGGAGUCCGAAAGCUUGUGAGAAGAAGACCACAAAGGGUGAAGGUGUUUUCGGUUACGGUU